AAACUCUAAAGAAGAGCCUUACUGUCAGUGAGCCAGAGCCAAUACCUCAAAAAAGCCAACAUAAGAAGAGAAACAAGAAGAAAAAAAGAAAAUCUGGAUGUAACUUUGGAGCUUGUAAUUUUGCUGAUUUGUACCAAUUUACUGGUGGAAUUUUGGGUGAAGGAGCUUAUGCCACAGUCAGAAAUUCUGUGAAUCUUAACUCUGGUAUAGAAUAUGCAGUUAAAGUUAUCCAAAAGAAGCCUGGCAACAGCAGAACUCGUGUAUUUAAAGAAAUAGAGACAUUCUAUCACUGUCAAGGCCAUCCAAACAUCAUCCAGUUGAUAGAAUAUUUUGAAGAGGAUGACAGUUUUUAUUUAGUCUUUGAAAAAGUUAGAGGAGGUCCUCUUCUUACUCACUUGGAGAAACGAAUCUGCUUCACAGAACAUGAGGCAAGUUUGGUGCUAAGAGACGUGGCCAGUGCCCUUAAAUUUCUACAUCACAAAGGUAUUGCACAUCGAGACCUUAAGCCUGAGAACUUGUUAUGUUACAGUGAAGAUGAGGUUUGUCCAGUGAAGAUUUGUGACUUUGACCUUGGCAGUGGGAUUGUUUUGGGCAGCAGGACACCUGUUAGUACCCCAGAGCUGCUGACACCUGUGGGGUCAAUAGAGUUUAUGGCUCCAGAAGUGGUGGAGGUUUUUAAUGGAGAGGCUACUCCUUAUGACAAACGAUGUGAUAUGUGGAGCCUAGGUGUAAUCAUGUAUAUCUUGUUAUGUGGAUACCCACCAUUUUAUGGACGAUGUGGAAGUGACUGCGGUUGGGAGCAAGGAAAGUAUUGUGAAGCCUGUCAGGACAUGCUGUUUUCUUGUAUUCAAGAUGGGUGUUAUGACUUUCCUGAAAAGGAAUGGGCGUAUGUAUCUCAAGAAGCUAAAGAUCUAAUUUCUCAUUUGUUGGUGAAAGAUGCUAAUCAACGCUAUACAGCAGAUAUGGUUUUACAGCAUCCAUGGGUUGUACUUGGAGGAUCCAUAAAACCAUUAGAAACACCGAGUGUCUUGAGAAAAAAUAACAGUGCUAAAGAUCUAGCAGUAUUUGCUGAAAGUGCAAAUGCUGUGAAGCGUCUGGUGAUGCAUCAGAUGAAUUUGAGUGUGGAGAUAAAUCAACCACAAUAUUUGGAAGAGAACGAGGAAGAUGCUAAAUUUUAUAUAAGUUCAUCACCUCCAUUUACUGACUCUUCACCCCCAGCUUUUUACCUUUUACCUCCAAGUGAUAUCAUGUCAACCCAACAGAGAGUGGGAAACCCGAGUUUUAGUCUAGGUUUGUAGUAUAGCCUUACAUGCUAAUGAGCCAGGACUAUUGAUGUCUGCAUUUAGUUUUUAUGUAAAUCUUCUCUGAUACAUCACAGAAUGUAAUGUUUGUAAAUGUUGUGAUCUUUUUCAUCAUAUCUUAUACAGUGUCUUGCAAAAGUAUUCACCCUCUACCAAUAAUGUCACAAAUAAUGUAUACAAUUUUUGUUAAUGAAGUUGUUUUUAUUCAAAACUCUAAUUAUCAAACUUGACACUGUUGUGUGUGAAGGAGGUUGAAUGUCAGCUGAUUAAAAUUGACACUGUUGUGUGUGUGAAGGAGGUUGAAUGUCGGCUGACCAAACUUGACACUGUGUGUGUGUGUGAAGGAGGUUGAAUGUUGGCUGAUCAAACUUGACACUGUUGUGUGUGAAGGAGGUUGAAUGUCAGCUGAUCAAACUUGACACUGUGUGUGUGUGUGAAGGAGGUUGAAUGUUGACUGAUCAAACUUGACACUGUUGUGUGUGAAGGAGGUUGAAUGUCGGCUGAUCAAACUUGACACUGUGUGUGUGUGUGUGUGAAGGAGGUUGAAUGUCAGCAAAACCUGCAAAGAAAAUAUAUAAAUUGAAAUUUGCUGAUUACAUAAGUAUUCAGCCCCUAAGUCAGUACUUGGUGGAAUCACCUUUGGCAGCAAUUAUGCUGUGAGAUGUUUUGAUAGGUCUCUACCAGCUUUCUACAAUGGGAUGGUGUAAUUUUUGCCUAUUCCUCUUAGGAAAAUUGCUCCAAUUCUGAUAAGUUCAUUGGGGAUCUUUGAUAGACUGCAAUCUUCAAGUCUCACCAUAAAUGUUUUACAGGAUUCAAGUCAGGAAUAUGACAUGGCCACUCCAGGAUAUUCACUUUCUUCUUUUGAAACCACUCCAGCCUUGUGCUUUGGGUCAUGGUCCUGCUGAAAUGUGGAUUUUCCACUGACUCAAGCAGGUUUUCCUCUACGAAUCACCUGUACUUUGCACCAUCCAUCUUUCUCUCAAUCCUGACAAGCUUUCCAGUCACUACUGAUGAGAAGCAUCCCCAUAACAUGCCAGCUUUGUGUAGAGACCAGAAUAUUGAUCACGUAUGAACACAGACUCCCAUCUCAGACAUGGAACUUUGCAAAUCUUUCAAAGUCACUGUUGGCUUCACAGUGACAUCCCUAAUCAGUUUCCUGCUUGCCCAACUGUUUAGUUUGGAAGGACAGCCUGAUCUGGGUAGUGACUGGGCGAGUAUGAAGCACAUUCCACUUCUUAAUGAUGGGCUUCACUGUACUCAAAUGGAUAAUUAGCGACUCUUAAUUUUUCUUGUAAUCUUCUUCUGAUCUGUGCUUCUCUACCACUUUAUCCCUGGCUUGUUUGGAAAACUCCUUGGUUGGUUUGUAUCACUAUGUCAGUUGUGGCUUGAAUAGAUGCAUAUACUCUGAAGCCAAGAUAAAAUUUGAAUA